GCUUUUUUUGACAGACGGCACGGGCAGGGACCUGCGUGUGCUGUGUGUUUCUCGCUGCCGUCUGCUUUGUUUUGUUUCUUUCGGUGCGUUUUGAUUUGGUUCGUCGUCGAUUAGGUUUUUUUGUGUCCGACUCUUCGGUGAACUCGUUUCGAAGGCUGUUCAUUUGUCUGCCGACUGAGUUUUGUCGUAGGUCCUGGCGAUCGGCGCUGUAAACAACACUCGCAGCAAGCCAACCGCCGGCCGGCGACUCGCACAGCGGACGAUAUUGUCGGACGCUGAAAGGACGAAGGUUAUUCUCUCGUCGCCAGUAUUGUGUCGAUAAGGGCCGUAGCUCGGGCUGUGAACCGUUUUGCGGUGCAAAUGUCGGCGAUCCCUCCGCAGCGGAUCCGGCUAUCGCCCAGCUCCGUGGCUGCCGCCGCCGCGUCGAGCAAGCCGGUUCGCCCUACGCUGCCGCUGGCAUUGAUGCGACAGGGCAGCCCGACACAGAGGAACGUUGCCAGGAGGGCGUCUCCCUCGCCGCCAGUGUGCUGGGCGCAUGACAGUGUCCGAAUGAAAAGCAGACAGUCGCCCGAUCAGAGGAUAUCGCCGGAGAAUAAAGCUUCGUCGGCAGCGCAGGGACCCAAAGGUGUGUGCCUGUCCGCUGCCGAGUGCAAAGCCAAGCCGCUGAGCCUGCUCGGAGGGCUCAUGCGGCGCACAGCCUCUCUAGACGCUAUCUACUUGUCAGCUCAGUGGCCGCGGGAUCUGCACAGCUACUGCGGCCGCCCAAUGGUUGACAGGGCCACACAGACUCCUGAUGAUUGGAAAGAAGUGGAGAGGAUAAAAUUUGUUCAGAAGAAAGCUGCUUUGCCACCGGGUGACUCUCUAGAAAUGAAGUACAUUCGUCAGCGGCUACAACGGACGGCUCAGGGGGGGAGGACAUCACCCCGCUGGAGCCCCGUGCAAGGGGACCACCAGCUGGGGCUAGCGGCCUUGUCCCCCCCACUGUCCCCCUCCGUGGCGCCCCCGCCUCCUUCGGGCCCCAUCCCUAUCCAGGCUAGGCCAGGGCGGACGCCACCGGGAGCUCCCCGCAUGCGCAACAGUGUGGAGGGACUGAACCAGGAAAUCGAGCGCCUGGUUUUGAAAGGCAUCUCUGGAUCAGGCACAGAAAAUGAAGCUGAACUGGAAAGGGUGAUGGGCCCUACACCAGAAGGUCACCGAGCACCCAUAGCGGAACUUUUUCACUCCACCUGCAGUGUGGACACCCAAACACCCAGUGGCAGCGAUGGCAGCAACGGUUUUGUUGACGGUCCUUCCCGCCAUAGCUCUUCUCGUCCGGACAGCCUAGAAUGUGAUAAAAGUGCCUCCCCAGACUUGGAAGUAAGUGGUCACACGAGCAAGCUGGGAACCAGCCCACAAAUCAACAAGUUCCUUACUAGGGAGCCCCCCGACGGUUGUGAGAAGGUGAAGAUCAUUGAUGAAGGAAGGAAGCCCGCGACCAGCCCUAUGAUGGGCGAUGGUACUGAAAGUGUGCUCAAGCCGAGCAGCCAGUUCGUGCUGCGUCCCAGUCAGAGCUCAGCCUUCUGCCCACUCGUGCGGAACCCCUUCCAGGGGGUGCACAGGCCGGGGCCCAUUGUCGACCCUUUCCUGCUCAACGAGAGGCUCCAGUGAAGUAGGCACCCCCCGUAUUUUCUCUGAACAGCCCCAGGAGGCAGCAAGGUGCCAUGGAAAAAAGAGAGAAGGGCAUUUCAAGGAAGAGUCCUCCUUGCAUGAGAAUGCCUCUUUCCCUCUCCCACUCGUCGUCACCCAUGUGCCAUUGCUGUGGUGGCUAGCAAAGUCUGCACUCUUGGCUGCAGCUCUUCACUUUGCCUCCCACUGUGACGCGAGCAAGAAUGCUGCUGUGCCACCAUCCUCUCUAGAUUUGCAGUUUGACUUUUUGUUCACGCUCCCUUGGGAGGAAAAGAAGCCUGCUUUAUAGCCUCGACCAUACUUCUUCAUUUUUAUGGCAAAGCAGCCAUUGUGUUGCCAGAGGGAGCACCAUUUUGUGCAUGAUGAAGGUUUCAAACAAAGGCUCACUGGCAGCUGGCACAAGGACUUUAUGAAUGCAGGCUGCAUUAUGUGUUAGUGUAAUUUGUGUUUGUGGCAAGAUGUGGGUGAAGUGCAGAUAUGCCUGAAAUAAUUUCUCUAUUCGCCUUCUUGCUGUGUUUGGCAGCUAUGUGUACAUUAUUACUAUGCGUUUGUGCAGUUUGGAACAGCAACCAGCGUUGUAAUCUGGUCUUAACAUACAGGAAGGAGUAGUGCUUAGUGAAAGAAGAGUUCUUGACUGGGAGCCUGUUUAGCCUCUUGUGUUGCUUGUGGCACCUGCAGUGCUUAUUUGUUGUAGCUGCAGUAGCUAAUGUUUGGUACUGGGCUCUAACUAUAACUCUUCCUUUUUGUUUUUUCAUCAUGUAUACCAUAUAGUUGGCUAUCACAAGUCACAAAGUGAUGAUUUCUUUAAAUCCUUGUUUCAUUAUUCUGCUGAUCAUUUCACUGCAGUUCUAAUAACAUAGUUCUGACACUAAGGCUUUAAUAAGCUUUGAUAUUACGAGACUCCUUUUGUAUUUUGUGUGUUCUUGAGACACAACACUCGGGCAGGUUUAAAUUUCAAGGCACUUGCUUUUUAUUUUUGCAUAGCUCUCAAUGGCAGCCCGCAAAUGAAUACAAAUGAUGUUGGUUUCUCCACAUAGCUUUCUCUUUGUCUUAUUUAUUUCUCAUUAUGUUGAAAUCAAGCGCAAGUCAAUGCAUUUUCUGGCUUACCAUUUGUCUAAAAUUACCAUGGAACUUACUAGCAUAACUGCCCGGUUGUGGUAGUAGCAUGAAUUCACAUAUUUGCUUAGUGUUCAUGGUGCCUCAAACUUUGAUUAAAGCAAAGCCAACCAUUUUUUGGUGCGGUUUGGACAAGUACCUCUUAUCAGGCCAGUAGUAUGCUGACUGACCUGCUAGUUUCACUGAUUGCUUGAACCCAAUGAUAUGUCACAUGCUUAAUCAUCUUCAUGAUCUCUCAGUAUGCACUGGAGCUGAAUAACUUGACCGGUAUUUAAUGUUCGAAAGGUGGUUGUCAGGCCUGGGUAGACUAAUGCAUUUAGGACACUUUCGAUGUGCUACUGUGACGGCACAAUUCCUGAAAACACUCGGGCAGAUUUAAAUGAGAGGACUGUUUUCUGCGCAGUUGGUGUUAUUUGUCCUCUAAAAAAGCAACAAAGAUAAAAGCUUCAAUCCAUUAAACAUUUUAGGUGAUCUUGAUCAUCUCUUGUGGUCCAAAAGAAAAGCAUUGACAAUGAAGAUACCGUUUACUAGUAGAUACACAAAAAUCACUCUGAAAUUGGUUUUAACUUCAAAGACUGUAGUACUGUAUUCUUCGACAUACAUCUUCAAAUAAAAUUUGUUAAAUGCCUUUAAGCAUUUCAGGGAGGCUACUUUAAUUCUCUCUUUUUUGGCAAAAGAUUAUAAGUUUCUUAUUUUGUUACUUAAAUGUUCAAAAAGAAAUGGAACCUCGGCCAUUUUUUAAAGCAGUUAUUUUAAACAUCAUUAAUGCAUUGCGUAGUCGUCUCGCUUGCCUGUUAGGAUCACUGGCACCAUUUUUGGUUGGAGGCAUCUGUUUAUGCUUUCUUUAAUUAUAGCAGGAAGCAAAAUUUCGAAGUUUGUGAAGCCUUGAUGGACAUACUUCUCAACAGGUUAUCUUUCACUUUUCGUUCAACCUUUAAGGUUAUGUUAGAGAGAGAGAUACGUUAAAUUAAUUUAGACUGGUAGCUUAAUGUUCUAAACACAUUUUUUUUUUUUUUUCGUUUCCUGAAUUUCGUGUCUAAACGGUGGUGCUGAUGACAUAGGUGUUGUGUCACAGAUGUUAUACUUGUGCAUUUUUGGCCCCUCAUUCGCAGGAAUAGUCUGCAAGAGUUGCUAUGUUGAGUCAUUGCAUAUUUUCAAAAUGUAAUUCUUUUCCUGGUGAUCGAUAAUCGACUAGCUCCCACUGCUAAUGACUGGGAUGUCAUGGAGAACUGAUGCGGGAAUUGCAUGGUGAUAUUACCACAGGCCUUUAGAUAUUGCAUCCUUCCUGGCGUACCAGGCCACGAGUCAUGCUAAAAAUGAUAUAUUUUAAAUCGUAGAAGUGAAUUCUGUCUAGCUAGCUUAAGUUAGUGUUUCUCUGCCUCUUGCAGCUAUUAUUAUGCGCCAUUACUCUUUGGCUGCUGCAGCAAUGUUUCGACUGUUUUGCUUUCUUUUCACAUUGCUAUUCCCAGUGCUAGUCCUCAUGCAGGGCGCAGGACUUCUUGAACAUGGUAACCAGACAAUGUUGUCAUGAAUAUCUGAACUAAAUAUCCCUGUACGCACAGCUGGGAGCUGGCUUCGCUCUGAAGUAGAAAUAAAACCAGAGGAAUCUCAUUUCUGGCGAAGUGGUGGCACUCUCUAGUGGCAAGAACAAGACCACUGCACCGAUACUCUAGCGUAUGGAAUCACGCUUCCUGAUAAAGAGUUGCACCACACUAUCUUGAGGUCAUGCCUAUAUGAAAGCGCUGUGCUAUGGUUGGUAGAGUGUUGUCGGUAUUGUUCCCUCAGAAAUAACACCACACCACAACUUUGAGCUCAGUUUGGAUGCCGAAAAGGGAGGGGAAGGUUGUGAAGGUGUGGCAGUGGCAGCAUUUGGUUGCUGAUAAUCCCAUUCAUACAAGGCACAUUCAAAAACAUUUGUUGGAAAAUACUUGUGAAGAGAUGCCCUUUAAUACAAGACACCUUGCAUGCUUUUCAUUAGAUGUACUUGUGCGCUCCUUUAAGGUGAGAGUAAUGAGGACAUAAAAGCUUUGUGCUGUGCGUACUUUCCAUGUUUCACCUCUUUUCUGCUUUUUGAAGAAAAAAAAAAAUCUAUGAAAAGCUUGCGUGAAUAAGAAGGUGACAAAGAAAACUGCUAGCAUUAUAGUGCUUGGUAUUCUAGUGCUGUUAUCUUCUGCUGAAUGAAAAGUGCGAAGACCAGAUGAGGCUACACUGCAGCUGAAUGGCUUCCAGUAAAUUUCUCCUUGUUUCUUAAUAUUCUCUUACAAAAAUUGUUUUGUAGUCUCAAAAAAGUAUAUAGACAUUUAUCUAUAAAGUCCGCAGACUGCUUAGUCAUUUUCUGUUGCCUGACUAAUCAUUAUAGUGCCUAUGGCAGCCUUUUGCCUAUCUAUAUGGCUUUAUGUUUUUAAGAGGAAGCUUUAGCUCGGGCCCAGCUCCGAUGCCACCGAUUCAAAUACAUGUAAAAUGCAGAAACGCUUUUCUGAGAUAACCGCUGGACCGAUUUUAAUGAAAUUUGCUGCAUUUCAUAGAGAAGAUUAAGUUCUAUUGACUGGCGGAAAUGGAAUUUUGAUUUAGGGCCUGGAGGUUUAAAAAUGAAUUUUCAAAAAUUAAGUCUGAAAAAAACAGGAGCACAGAGUUUAAAAAUUCAUAGCUCUGCACCUAGAGCAGAUAUCACAGUUCUGUAAACUGCAUCCGUUAGAGCAUCCAAAGCGGACAAAUCUGAUGUAUUAAUUUACAUCUUAUAGAAUUUGUUGCAUUGUUUACAAGGGUUUUGCAAAAGUCCUACUCACAUAUUAGUGGUCUAUUUGAAAGCCAUGUAUAAUACAUCAAUUGUGUCCGCUUUAGAUGUACUAUCAGAUGCAAUAGACAAAAUUGUGAUAUCGUUUUUAAUUGCUGAGUUAGAGUUGUAAACAUGAUAGUUUCACUUUCUGAAAA